GUGGUGUUGCAUCCUUCCUCUUUCCUCUCUUGUCGCAAGGGGUAACUGAUUACAGGAAGAAGAGGGAGAAGUUGCCAAGAAGACUACUAUGCAACGGCGAAGAACGCGUUCUGGCUGCCUCCCGUGUCGCACUCGUCGGCGAAAAUGCGAUGGGGCACACCCACGUUGCCAGAAUUGUACCUUGCAAGGGCGUCGAUGCCAGUGGGGCCUCAAAGCCUCGUUCCAUCACUCACGCAAUCUCACACUAUCACGCUCCGACGUAGCCGACCUUGCAAAAGCUCUGGACCAUGGACCAGGAUCAUUGCCCUCGCUAGGACGUCGUUUGAAGGUUAUCGACGAGACGGAGGCAACGAUCCGAGAUUAUAGAUUCCUGCAGAAUACUUCCCCACCACCGAGGAGCCCGGCACCCUCACAUGACCCGGGUCUGAGAGAGGUCGAAGGAGCCCGACCAUUGCAGUGCAGCACAGUCAGGGCUUUCGAAGAGCUGCAGGGAAGCCACACACUCGGUGGUAAUCAGCAUGGCACGGAAGAUGACAGUGUCGGUGAAAAUCUUGUGGCACGGCCAUCAUUUCAGGAUCUUGAUCAGACAGACAGCUAUCCGGCGACGCCGCCCUCGCCCGUGUCCAAUUCCAAGACCCCGAGCACCGGCAACGUGCACGGCCCGAUCGCGAUCGGAGAGCCUAACGCUGGCACGCACGUUGCACCUUUCUCACUCGGCAAGGCUUGUUCUGGGGACAUCUCCAUCCUGCCCCAACCACCGUCUCCUGUUUCCGAGUCAGAGAAACUGAGGCUCAUUAGCUUCUACUUGCGAGGAACAGGAACUUGGUGCGAGACCACCGACUCUGAUAGGCAUUUUACGGUGUUCAGUAUCCAUGAGAUGAUGAAGUCAUCGGCGUUCGUCGCAGCAGCAAUGUCUCUAGCCUCGCGCCACUUGGACCACCUUCAACGUAGACAUCGCUCCAUCACACUGGAGCUAUACCAGCACACCAUCCGCCUGCUGCUCCGGCAAGACCCCGCCCGUGCUGAUUCUUCUGUGCUGGCGACAUGCACGCUACUGUGUGUUUACGAGAUGAUGGCAUCGGGUGUAGAUGAGUGGCGACGCCAUUUGAAGGGGUGUGCCGGUCUGCUCCAGCUGAAGAAGUGGAAUGGGUGUAGCCCUGGUAUUGUGCAGUCUUGCUUCUGGGCAUUUGCGCGGAUAGAUGUCUGGGCUGCGUUUGUCACCCGCAAAACGACCCUGAUCCCCGCCCACUUCUGGAUGAACGAUAUGUCCCUUGAGUCGCUGGCCGCCAAGGGCAAGGUGGAUGACUAUUGUAACAUGGCCAACUUGAUUUUUGCGAAGAUCGUUAAUUGCUUGGCAAGAUGUGUUGGCCAUAGCAAAAUUGACUUGGGCGAGUCGGUGGCGGCUCUGUGGGAUGAAAUGCAGCGCUGGUACCGGCUUCGGCCGCCGGAUGUCCACCCGUUGUUGCGACAGGAGCCUUGCCCUGGCACCGUUUUCCCCACGGUUUUACAUGCUCGGACAUCGGCCAGUGAGUGAACCUUCUCUGUGGGUCCAAAAGGCGACCGCUGGUAAUGUGGGUAUCCUUCUAGUUUGUGGCAACACGUAUUAUCAUGCGGGCUCGAUUCUGCUCCUGCAGACGGGUGCUGUGC